GUCAUUUUCCUCGAAAGAAAAACAAGAUAUAUACAAGACUAUUGCGGAAAAAAUGACAUCAAAUCUUAAACAACCUGGCAUGGAAAUGGUUGUUUUGUCACCGAAGCACUCUAAAGAAAAAUUGCAAAGGGUGGCACAAAGAAGCAAGGUUCAAAGCGAAGAGGUGGACUCUGAUUUGACAAACAAGGAGGCGAUACAGAAUAUGAUAAAGGACUAUGAACAUGACCAGGAAAAACAAUGCUCACGGGGCAAGAGCUUGUUGGAACAAGUGGACCAGACCUUGGAGAAGGAAGAAAAUAUUCGGAACAACACUGUUUUGGAUGAGUCAGGAAUCGUAGACUUAUUACACAGCAUGAACGUUGCUGCAGACUAUCCCCAUGUUGGUCGCUUUGACAUUGGCCUCGCACCUGACAAAGAAAAAAAGGAGAAGAAACAUCGUCGACGACACAUUGAACUGCAAACCGACGUCAGGCGGAGGCAUCCCAUCGUAAAAUCUGAACCAAGACACGCCCAUUUAAGUGUUUCAGACCUGGCGGCAAUCUUAAGGGAGGAAACCUCUGGAACCACGUCAGAGUUUGUCCCCGUCACUGGAUUAUACACGUCAGUAAAGAAUGGAGUGCUUCAAAAUGAAAACGUAUCGUAUCAGUGCAUUACAGUGAUGGAAGACCAUAAAGAAUUCUCCUUAGAGGAAUUGCGAUCCGAGGACUACUUGUUUAACAGAGGGAAACCAAAGCCGCCGAAGGGAAGAGAAACGUCGUUAAUUAAAAGGCUCCAAGAAGGACGCAUAACACUGAGACGUUUCCCAGAUGAUGUGAAAUUUCAUCCACUUAAUGGCCUGGACACCAUAGUUAGAAAUAAAAAAUGGACACAAACCGUCAACACACAGCAUUAUUGUAUCACCGCCAUGGCGGAGUACACACACACAAGUUUAGAGAAUGUAUUGAACAAGGAAGUAGUGUUCCAGAUUCAAUUCAAAGCGAACCUCUAUGCAGUUCAGGCUGGAUCUAGCCAGCCGGUGGCUGUUCGUCGUUUGUCAACACCAGAUUACACACUUGAAAAGGACGUUUGGGAAGCUCCAAUAAAAUUUGAUACACAAUGGAGAUGGUUUUGGCAAAACGACGAGGACGAAUGGAAUAAGUUUACACCUGACUCGUUACAGCAAACGUUAGAGAUAAGAUACCGAACUCAACAAACUGAACAACGAUACUAUAGCUUCUUUCUUGAAGAUGGGACCUACUUAUAUGAUGUGGACUUGCAGCAGAUGACACAGACAAAUAUUGUCACCAGCAAGACACGAGAACUUCGAAGACGUCCUUUGCUCGUUAUGCCUAACGACAUUAUUUAUCAAACUGGACCCGAGUCACUUUCACUUAUUGAACCGAUGCAGGCAGAUAUUGAAACACCGCACCAUUGGUCACCACAGGACAGUAUUCACUCCUUUGAGCUUGUAAAAGUGUCCCUAGGUCAAGAAUACAAAACUGUGGCAGCCAAGUUCUUUGAAACUAUGUCAAGGGAUGACAUACAUAACCCUGCUAUCUAUAGAGUUCAAAUUCUUGACCUAUGGGGUCAAUACAUUAGCAAACGAAAACGUAUGCAGAUCAAGGCAAAACGACGUGGAAGAGAUAACGAUCUUGAAAUAAGAGAGCUGUUUCACGGAACGGACACUUUAGAAGCAGCAAGAGGAAUAUGCAUCAAUAACAUUGACCCCCGUGUUUCAGGAAAACACGGCACUGCUUUCGGACACGGUGCCUACUUUGCCAGAGACGCUUCCUACAGUGACAGACACACAACGGGAGGGUCAAGAUUCGUGUUUCUCACGUCAGUUCUCGUCGGAGAUUACACAAGAGGAAAUAAUGACCACAGAAGGCCACCGAGCAAACCAGGAACCAUGCAUGACCUUUUUGAUACAUGCGUUGAUUCUAUUACUGACCCCGCUGUCUUUGUUGCGUUUGACAGAGCGCAGUAUUAUCCGGGGCUGUCGCGCGAUAAACCGUCUGGGGCAUAUGGUGGAGGGGAUCAUUUCUGGGACCGGUUGAUGUCACUCUUGGCGAUUUAG